UCUACAUUUUACUCUCUACCUCGAUCUCAAGCUUACGCUGCUCCCAAUGUCAAUUUGCCCUCAUCUCAGUAAAAUGUAGCUAGCCUCGCUCAUCGGAUCUACCAAAUCUCCUUGGAUCCACCAAAGCACCACAACUAUUGACGCGCAUCCAUCUGAUCUCUCCGCCACCGAGCCCCAGCCGACCGCGCCCUAUAAAUGGCAUGUAGCCAUUCCAGGGAGCCAAUGCAUUGCAGCAGAGCUACUUCGAAUCUGAUCACCCCUUUUGGAAUUGCAGUUAAGUAUAUAUAUGCGGUGCUACUGGUUGGCGGCCGCGGUGGCCGGGCUCAGCCUCUGGGCGAGCUGCUGCGUCGAUGAAGCACGAGGCCAGCCCACCAGACAAGACGUCAAUGGCCUCGCCCUCAACUACUACGCCAAGAACACCAACUGCACCAGGGCGGAGACGAACAUCCGAAAUUUGGUCCGGGCGGCGUGGGAGCUCGAUCCGUCCAUCACCGCCGCCCUCCUCCGCCUCGUCUACUCCGACUGCUUCGUGACGGGUUGUGACGGUUCGAUUCUGCUGGACGGGGAGCGAUCGGAGAAGAUGGCCGAUCAGAACCAAGGGCUCCGGGGAUUCGAGCUCAUCGACAAUAUCAAGCAGGAGAUGGAGUCGAAGUGCCCUGGAAUCGUCUCUUGCUCUGACAUACUCCAUCUGGCCGCCCGGGACGCGGUCUUCAUGGCCGGAGGGUGGAAUUAUCCGGUUUUCACCGGGAGGAGAGACGGUACCACCUCCAACGUCUCCGACGUCGAUCUGCCGCCGCCGACCAUUUCGUGGGACGACGCCGUCGCAUACUUCAGCUCUCGCAACCUCGACGUGCUCGACCUCGGCACUCUUCUCGGAGCUCACACGAUGGGUGUGGCGCACUGCCAUUACGUCCACUACAGAAUCUACAACUACAACAACACCGGGCUGCCCGACGCCACGAUGGACUGCCGGUUCGCUCGGCAGUUGGCGGCGACGUGCCCGUACAAGCUGAGGCGCAACCGGCCUGAGCCGACCGUGUUCCUCAACCCGACCACCGGUGCCAGCUACAACUUCUCCAACUCUUACUACGCGAAUGUGUUGAGCAACGAGGGCGUGCUCGGGAUAGACCAGCAGCUCACCACGUCGAGGGACGGCGUUCGCAUCGCCGAAGAGUACGACCGCAGCUUCAAAGACUUCCGGCGCUUCUUCGCCAACUCGAUGAACCGGAUGGGGAGAAUCGGCGUGCUGACGGGUAAGCUUGGCGAGAUCAGGCCCAACUGCAGGUUCACCCGAGCCAAUUUCCCACAUUAG